UAAAUAAAAGUUUUCUCAGUUUUGUGCUGAUUUGUGCUAAUUUUAUAAUUCUUUUUUUAUGAAAUUCCAGUUAUAGAAAUUGGGAAAUUUUUUUCUAUUAUUACAUAUUAUAAAGAAAAAUUUAAAAUGUUGUUCUGGAUAAUUAAGUGAAUGUUCUUGAGUGAGCAUAAGCGAGUGUGUAAUUAAAAGGGCAGCAAAAACAAAUCAAAAACCAACAGCUGUACCCGAUAGCGACAUAUGAAAUUUAUUAUUAUAGAAAAGCAACAUGCAAUAAGUAGAUGCCAUUAUAUUUCAGGUUAAAUAUAAUCUCGGAACGGUAAUAUUUCUAAAGUGGAAUCGGUAAUAUAGAAUUUGCACUUUCAUAUUAACAUACAUACGAUAUACAUGCAGGCGUCAAAAAUGAGAUUGUGUGUUUUACAUUUAAAAUUCUCCAGUAAAAGUGAUAAAUAAGAUUCAAGGUGCCACACAAGAAAAUCCACCCUCGCACAAAGAUAAAUUCUUUCUAUGCUUCUGUGUGGUAAUGUGUGCGUGACACGAUGUUUCAUUUAUAAAAUAAAACGGGAAGAAGACUGCUAGAGAAACCCAAUGCACUUAAAAUCGAAAAGCCAGACGGAUUCAUUUGUAGACAAUCGACCCGCAUACCAUUUGACGGAAACUAUGGCCAGUAGUCUAAUUAAUGAUGACGAGGACAAUGGCGGUAGUACACAUACGCGCAGCACACAGCAGCAACAGCAUCAGCAGCAAAACAGCAAUAAUAACCUUGAGGGCGGUAAAUUAGCCGAAAAUGAUUCGAAAUUCAAAAAACAAACUUUGGAGCAACGUAAACAAGAGUUGGAAAAAUUGUUAGAUGAGAAAAGUUGGCUGUUGCAGCAGAUUCAGAAGCAAGAAACUCAAAUCUUGAAUGGCACGUUCGAGUAUAUGAAUUUAAAUGAUCUCAUACAAAGUUUGGCUACACAAUAUAAACAAGAACAGGAACAAACAACUACGCAACACGAUACGGCUACUGGAGGCCAAAAUGAAGAGGUGACUAUUUUGCGUCGUAAGCCAUCAACGAAAAAGGAAAAUCAAUUAAAUAACAACACAAAUUACAACAACGCCUUUCACCGCCAGUCGGAAAUAUCAAACCGUUCCUCUGAAUAUGAUAAUUUUCCCAGCAUAGAUAUGCAAUCAACACAUUCAGCUGGUACGAAAAUAGGUAAUAGUUUGACGCAAGCUACGCAACAAUAUCCUAGCAAAACUGCUAUAAAAAAACGUUCUUCUACAGUAGCUGGCACUACGGUACAAACAGUUGGUAAUUUACAAGCUUUCAGGCAGCAGCAACAGCACCAUUUAGAACAGCAACAAAUAUUAUUAACGCAACAACAACAACAAUAUACCCAACAAAAGCACCAGCAUAUAAUAAAGCAACAGCAGCAUUUCUUGGAACACCAUCAAGUUUUAGUUCCUCACUUGCAGUAUGCCACACAGAAAUUUUAUUAUACCACUUUACAACCACAAUUGCAAUUAUCAGUUCAGCACAAUAAUUUGACACAAUAUGGACGCUAUUUACCGCAGCAGUCGCAACCGCAGCAACUGCUUGUUCAAAAACCUCAGGCUCAGCAAUAUGUUAGCCCACCAUCAGUAAUGUGUCAUGGCCUCGACAAUAUUUCAUUGUAUUCGAUCAAUUCGACCAAUGUGGCAACUUUGCAUCGUCAACCACAACAUCAACCGAUAAUAGUGCAAUGCGACAAGUACUAUUUGUCGCCCACUACCCAUGCCAACCAUCAAGAUGGAGGUGGUUUCAUAAAAUCCAGUCAAAACAUCAAGGAAUACGUAUCACCAGCAACAGGGCAUCAUCAUUCACCUCAAUCCGUCCAAAUACGGGAUAAAGCACGUUUAACUUCCAAUUGUCAAGUUAUGAAUCGUGUUACCCCUUCGCUAGAUGUUAUUUCUUUAACUCCUUCCUAUGUGUCCAUGGAAGAAAUUGACUAUACUACCGCUAAUGCUAUUUCAGCCAAGAACAACGCUUCAACGUCUAAUAGUGUACGUUGGCGGUCUCAGUCAAAUUUACCGCCUGUUGCCGCUACUGAAACCAAUAAGUCUCAUUCCAAUGACAUGCUGAACAAUAAUCAAUAUUAUAAUACAGCUCUGAAUCCACCAACGUCAACACUUUCAACGUCGACUCAAUUUAAUAAAUGCCAUAAACAGUUAGAUGACGUAACAUCGAUUAAUUCUUAUAGCACAGACACGCAAAAAAAAUCGCAAAAAUCUAAGCAAUGGUUGGAAUCAUCAUUGGAUGGUCCUGUUAUAAGAAAUUCACAUAGCCAACAGCCUCAUCAUUGUAAUCAUAAUAACAAUGACGAUUACAGUGUCACUUGCAGAUCAAAAUUGUCAUCACAUUCUUUAAAUACUACGCCGCGUCACUAUUCCAUGUCAGCGACGGCAAAUCAACGAAAUCCAUUAAAUUCGAACACUGUCAGCCUAACAAAUGCCACCAAUUCCAAGUUAGUAAAUGAAGAUGAUUUGCGAUAUUGCAAACUAAGUCAGUCUACGUCGUAUCUAAAUCAUAUGGAUGUUUCAGGCCUAUCCUCAAAUACCGUUUUGACUAAUAAUUUACCAACGGCUUACAAAUAUUUAAAACAAACAAAGUCUACUCUACCCACCUCGGUUCUAUAUGUAAAUACUAAUAACAAUAAUGGUCAGCUUAAUAAUACUACAGCUAAUGUCUCUUCUUCGGUCACUGGCAAUACGCUGUCGCCUGACAUACGUAUCGAAUCGCCAAAAAAUGUCACCAUAGUGCAGCCAGCCACAUUUCAGCCCUAUAAAGAGGUUACUAAACCAUUUGAAAUGUCGGAUUUCUACAAAUAUUCAACGAAAUUUCGACAAAAGGAAAAUAAUACAGAUGCGAAUUGAAAAAAACGAAGGGAUAACGCAUUUGAAAUUUACGUUUGCAGCGUUCAGAUAUAAAGCAAUUUAUAUUUAAUUAUUUUAUUCAUUUAAGAUAAUUUCUUUCAAAAUUUGUAUUUAAAAUAUAUUCCUUUUCUUUUCUUCUAUUUAUUAUCAUACUAACGCUGCUUUCGUUUAAUUCAGUUCGUUUUUUUCCACAUUUUAUUUCCUUCUAUGGAAAUUCCGCUAUUUCCCAAUAUCUCGCUCCUCUUCCUUCUUUAAGUAACUUGAAUGCCUUAAUUGUGUGUUAAAACAGAAUAAUUGUGUUAAAUAACGUUAACAAAGCCUUGCACAAAAUUAUAUAAUUGUCUAUAAUUGUUUCGUGUUUUUUAUACAUACAUAUUCAACGUUAGAAAACGUUAGUUAAUGGUAUCUAUA